AUGUCUCUUUCUAUUAACUAUCGAAAUACUGUAAACAUAGUAAAAGUCCCAUUUCCCCCAACCAUUAGUGUAGAUGAAAUCGUAAAAAUUCAUUUAAAAAAUGGUAUUAAGAAUGUUAAUCAAACUCUAAAUGCAUUCAUGAUUUAUCGAAAAGAAUAUAAUCGCGUAGUUGCAAAGUUGAAUCUUUCAAGUAAAGAUGUAUCCAAAUUUGCUAAAACUUCAUGGAAAAAUGAACCAGAUAAUGUCAAAGACCAUUACCAGCAGAUAGCAAAAAAUGUAAAAAAAUGGUUCAAAGAAAAGGUUCCUUCUCUUUGUUUUAUCAAUAGCAAUCAAGUAGAUAGUACAAAUGAUAAUCACGUCCCGUUAGGUACAGUUAAUCCUUCACUUCUUAAUAUGAAUCAAAACUAUCCUCCACAGAAUCUAAAAUUUCUAAAUGAUCCUCCACAAAACUUUCUAAUUUCUACCUAUUUUAAUCUACCAUCUUCAAACGCGGACCAAAACGCUUACAAUCCACUUCUUAAUAUGGAACAAAACUAUCUAAAUUCCACCCAUUUUAAUCUUCCAUCUUCAAAUACGGACCAUCCAUUUCUUAAUAUAGAACAAAACUCUCGACCAAUCUUAUAUGACAAUUUUAAAAAUGAUCUUAAUGCAUAUCUGACUAUGGAUGAGGAGGAAUUUAUGAAUCAUCUUUCUGAAGAUGUGGCAUUAACUUAUAAGGAAAUUAUUCAAUCGUUACCAGUUUAA